AUGCCUACAGAGAUCGAAAGAAACAGCGAAAAUGCAUGCACUUUACAGGAGCAUAAUAAUGACAUGGAGGAUAUUAAUGCCGAAAAUCGGCAUUUAAAGAGGAAGUUGCAGGAGUUGCAGCGGCAACUGGCCGCUGCUUUGGCCAAGCAACCACCACUGCAGGCUGUGGUGGCUGCUGACAAUUUACAACCUGCAGUGGUGGCUGCUGACAAUCCACAGCCUGUAGUGGUGGCUACUGAGAUUCCUCCAGUGUCACUGGAGGAUGAGAUAUUGCAUCCAAUAAAUAAACCUCGACGAUGGGCCAGAGGAGAAAGAGGCCGAGGACGUGGACGCGGGCGUGGCCGUGGACGCGAACGUCGCCGCGAAAAUACAAUUAUUAUUAACAU